AUGGCAGACCGUCAAUUGAUCCAAAUGCUGCGCCCAAACCAAGCGCUGCUCCCAAGUGCAACAAGACUAGAUCAUUUUUAUCAUUUUCCUUACAUCAAGCCAGCUAUUACUCUACCUGGCAGCUCAAUCCCCAUUGGUUUCACAUUAGAGAUGCCGAUUCCAUUUGAGAGUUUUAUUCCGUUCGCGGUUAUCGCGGGCAUGUUUGUGGUUACAGGGACAGGAAUUAGAUACGCACAGACGAAGCGCAAUGAGGGCAAGGCCGUGCGUUACAGCCUUGAUGACUGGGAUCGUAAGAUGAUGGUUCGCGACAAACAGCUCACAGGAACUUUCCGCGGUCAGGUGGAUAACCCCAUUGCGCCGCCAGAGUUCAAGGUCAACAGCUCUUGGAAGGUGUAUGAAUCACUGCGUAAUGAUUUUGCUUAGAGUGCGGGGAUUGUAUCUCUGAGUUAGCUUCAUUAUUGUUUUCGGAUUUUUCACUUUCUUCCAUAUUAUAUACAUACGAUCAUUUUCUUACAUUGUUGAAGCGCGUAUGCGUUUUCUAGAUGAUGCUGGAUCUAGAUUUGUAUCUGGAUCUGGAGCUGGCUUUCGAGUUGGGGUUGAGCGUGGGGAAUGCAACUGAAGCGAUUUGAUUUGAUUGAUUAAAAAAGUAAGAUUAGUAUUACGCACACAAAAAAAGGAUCGUCGACCCACACAAACAAAACAGCAAAAAAAAUUUUGUUGCACCAUUACUCCGGAUAGACUCGUCACACGCCACUGUUGGAUUCCUUUUCUUGCAACCAUAUU